ACUGAGUAUCGGAGUCAAGUAAAUUUGAAGUACAUGGAAGUACCCUUCAACUGCGCCUCUUUCAUACUCUUAAUUGACACCUUUCGCCACAAAGAGCGCUAGCAACUUCUUCGAUUAGGAAAUAUUAGCGCAUACCUCUUACGUAGUGCUACAAUCAAUACUAGAGAUGGCAGCACAGUAUCAUAGUGAAGUGUUUUAAACUCAAAAAAUCAUUCUAAUAGAACACUUUCAGAUUAACCACUUUAAUUGAUUUGAUCUUUUAAAGUAACAAUUAGCUAUUUAUUGGCCUCCUCAAACUAAAAUUUUAGAUUGUACUUCGUUUCUACUCGGUAACUAAUCAUCCACCCACAUCAGAUUGAGUCAUCAGUCUGCGAAAUUUGAUAUUGCCGUGGAAGGUAAUUUUGGGCAAUUUCAUUUCUCUAGCUAGAAUUGUAAAUGCUGUAUGCAAUGCCUCUUCAGUAUUUACUAUGAUCUCAGACCGUCGGGGUGCAAUAAUUUGUAACGCUUUCGUUGAAACCUGGUAGAAACGUCAACUUCGCCACGAAUUGCCAACUUUGAAAUAAUUGUCUGAAAUAAAAUGUAUAAAUUGGUAUAACAAAUAUUUUAUGUUUGGUUGACUUUUUUUCUUUAAAAAAUAAAACCAGUACUUUGUUUUACUGGUAAUAUAGGUGAAGAGGCGCGAAUAUCGAGAGUAUAUAGUUCUAGUAUUAAAAAUACUGUAUUUCUCGUACAGAAACGCAGCUGUCAUAAAACAAAUUUUGUUUAAGGAUGACUUCAGAAAAUAUUUUCCUCUUUGUGCCGAAUUUGAUAG